AUGCUGUAUGACAGUGCACUUCGCAGACUAGGCAGGCAUUACAAGAAGACCCCAACAUUACAGUUUUUGAGACGCGUUGAAUGUCGAACGCACAGGCCCAGGCGGCACAUCUCACCUGCAUCCGCUGGAAUAGUCAUUGUGCGUUAUGGGACACUUCAUGGUUUUCCAGAUAGGCGAGCCAUGAGAUGUAGGUAUCGAGGUAUAAAUCACGGGAAUGAGGUCAAGUCAGGUCUUAGAUGUUUGUGCCAGACGAUAGUUUUGACCCCAAGCCCAUUACACAAAGACAUCACUCGUGGACUCAAAAAACGCCUUAGAUAA